CCAGCUUGACGACGUUGAGGUUAUACAAUGCUGCAAUCAAAAGAUCCAGGAAGAUUUAAAUGCAGUAUAUAAGUACAAUAUUUAAAUCUUCUGGGACCUUUCACUCUCUUAUAUCACUUGGCUCUUGAAGGCGAUGGCGACUUUCCAUCCCUUUCCCCGCCUUGCCCCUGAACUCCGCAUCUGCAUAUGGGGAUUCGCUACAGAGGAUCGAGUUCUCAGAGUCAGAAAAACAUGGAGUGAUAAGCAAGGUUACUGGUCUCCCAAUCCAGUACCAGCUGUGACCAGGGCAUGUCGGGAAUCUUGCGACCAUUGCAGCUACCGAAAAGCCUUUAUCAUUGGCUGGUCUCCACGCUACAUUUGGGCGAACUUUGAUUGCGACGUUGUACAGAUGAGAAGUGGACUACUAUCAGAAGAAAGUCUCUUGGAAAAUGACGAGAUUAGGCAUUUGAGGAUUGAGCUGGUGAAUGAACAGGGCUUAGACGAGUCGGAAUCUUUCUACUACUACCACGUUCGCAAUCUCCGAUAUUUCCCCAAGCUAGAGAAUUUCAAUCUCUUGGUGAGUGAUGGGCUGUGUCCGUGGACAGACUUUUUUAAAGAGACGUAUUGGGGAGCGUGUCCGAGUGGUAAUAUUCGGAUAGUGAAUGCGAAGACGGGGGAGUGGAUUGAUGAGGAGACGUGUGGGGUGUACCAGGACUACAUUGAUACUAAUAGAGGGAUGCAUGAUGAUUAUACAAGGGUGGUUGAUGAUGAGGAUGAGGAUGAGAAGGAGGCGAGGAUGGAGGCUGUGAAACGGCUUCAGAUUCCCCUGCCACGGAUGGCAAUAUGACCAUAUGACAAAAUGAUAAUAUUCAUC